AGCGAUGGACAAGGCCGCGCUUCAAGCUCAGCAGGCUCCGCUCAAGCAGCAGUACAGCGACAACCCGGCGGCGGCUCUCGUCACGCUCUCGUCGACGUCGACGCUCGAGGAGGGCGACGGCGUCGCGUGCUCUCUGUCGGUCGGCAAGGCGCUCAAGAAGGCGGGCCUGCACGCCAUGGCCGGCGGACAGGACGCAGAGCAGCUCUGCUCAGGCGACAUGCUCCUCGAGUCCUUGGUCGCCUGCACCGGCGUGACGCUCAAGGCCGUCGCGACGUCCCUCGACAUCCCGGUCAAGAAGGGCGCGAUCACGGCCGAGGGAGACCUCGACUUCCGCGGCACGCUCGGCGUCGACAAGUCGGUCCCGGUCGGCUUCCUCGCUAUCCGCCUCAAGUUCGACCUCGACUGCCCCGACACGCCGCGAGAGAAGAUCGACCUCCUCCUCAAGCUCACCGAGCGCUAUUGCGUCGUGCUGCAGACUCUCAAGAACGCGAUCCCUUGCGAGAGCGUCGUUGUGUAGCUCGAGCCGGGGGAGGACGAGGAAACGAAUCGCAGUGCAAACUAUCUUGUACAGCCCUUCCCGCUCGCCUGCCCGACUCAGAAGUGCUCCUUUGCCGGCCUGAGGUCCAUCUCGAGCGUCCAUGCGUCCGGCCCUUGCUCGUGCAGGUACAGGUAGCACUUGGCGAUCGACUCGGGCGAGAGGCGCUGCUUCUCGUCGCGCAUCCAGUUGGGCUCCUUGCCAGGACGGUUGCCAAAAUUCUUCUCGGUGCGCGUGGUGAGAAUCGUGCCGUCGACGACGCGACGUGCACACCCUCAGGACCGUACUCGCGAGCGAUCGAC